GGCGCUGGGGGCCGGGCCUCUGCGGAGCUGUGCGGCCUACUGGCGUACGUCCCCGGGGUUGUCGCGACCGCUUGGCGAUUGCGCAGGCGCGGAGUCCGCCACUCGCGAACCUGAGAGCAAGCCGAGUGCUGUAGUUAGUGGGCUCUGCUCAUGAUGAGACCCGGUGAGGAGCGGCCCUUGGAGGGGGGCGCAUGCCAUGGCGCCUUGGAGCUGGAGCUGCUAAAGCAGCGCGCGACGGAGCGCAUCGACGAGGCAGCGGAGCGGCUGGGGGCGUUGAGUCGCGCCAUCUGGAGCGAGCCCGAGCUGGCCUACGAGGAGCAUCAUGCCCACCGCGUACUGACCGAGUUCUUCGAGCUCGAGCCACCGGCCUCGUCCUGGGAGGUGCAGCCGCACUCCCAGCUGCCCACCGCCUUCCGCGCCGAGUGGGAGCCGCCGGGCGCUCGAGCGCAGAGCGCCGCGCAGCGCCCGCUGCACCUGGGCUUCCUCUGCGAGUACGACGCGCUGCCGGGCAUCGGCCACGCCUGCGGCCACAACCUCAUCGCCGAGGUCGGGGCGGCCGCCGCGUUGGGCGUCAAGGGGGCCCUGGAGGGCCUCUCCGGACCGCCUCCGCCGGUGAAGGUAAUUGUCCUGGGAACGCCUGCAGAAGAAGAUGGUGGUGGCAAAAUUGAUUUAAUUGAAGCAGGGGCUUUUAAAAAUCUUGAUGUUGUUUUUAUGGCCCAUCCAUCCCAAGAGAAUGCUGCCUAUCUACCGGAUGUGGCUGAACAUGAUGUGACUGUGAAAUACUAUGGAAAAGCAUCUCAUGCUGCUGCUUAUCCCUGGGAAGGAGUAAACGCAUUAGAUGCCGCUGUUCUCGCCUACAACAAUCUGUCUGUGUUCAGACAGCAAAUGAAACCAACCUGGAGAGUUCAUGGUAUAAUAAAAAAUGGUGGUGUAAAACCCAAUAUCAUUCCUUCUUACUCUGAAUUAGUCUAUUACUUCCGUGCACCCUCAAUGAAAGAACUUCAAGUUUUGACCCAAAAGGCAGAAGAUUGCUUCAGAGCCGCAGCUUUGGCUACAGGGUGCACCGUAGAAAUUGAAGGUGGAGCACAUGAUUAUUACAAUGUUCUUCCCAAUAAGAGCUUAUGGAAGGCUUAUAUGGAAAAUGGAAAAAAACUGGGAAUAGAAUUUAUUUCAGAAGAUACGAUGUUGAAUGGUUCUUCAGGAUCUACUGAUUUUGGAAAUGUGACUUUUGUGGUUCCUGGAAUCCAUCCAUAUUUCUACAUUGGAUCUAAUGCCUUGAAUCAUACUGAGCAGUAUACUGAAGCAGCGGGAUCACAGGAAGCUCAGUUCUACACGUUGCGCACUGCCAAAGCUCUGGCAAUGACCGCACUGGACGUUAUUUUUAAACCAGAGUUACUGGAAAGAAUCAGAGAGGACUUUAAAUUAAAACUUCAAGAAGAACAGUUUUUAAAUACAAUAGAAUAAAAGGAAGAUUGAGAAGCUGCACAACAAUCAUUAAGAACUGAUGAUUUUUUUCAUUUAAUCUUUUUUAAUGAAGAGAGGACAUGCUUCUUUUUCAAUCUUAAGGUAUCAGAUCCCUCUUAUCUAAUGAGCAAGGAUGGGAUGUAGAGAAGCACAUUACCUCAGAUCUAAAAUGAAAAUUAGUAUAAUCCUAUACUUGAUGGGCUUGUGAUAUUUCAGGAGCCAUUUUUUUUCCUUCCUUUUCUCCAUCCUUCCUGCCUUCUUUCUUUCUUUUUAAAGACAGUAUCUCACUGUGUUGCAGUUUUCCUGCCUCAGCUGGGACUACAGGCACCAAUGAUGCUAUUUCUUAAACUGGAUGAUACAUGGUUUAUCAGUGAAAUAUUUUAUAAUUUUAUAUGUUGUCUAAAUAUAUUUUAAGAGAUCAAGAGAUACUCAGAAUUGAUUCCAUGAAAUUGUUUUGUGGUAUGGAGUGCUAAAUGAGUUCUCUCAAGUAGUUUUAGAAUUUAAGUUCUAAAUUUAGGGAAGGGUCAUUUGGACUAUCUCACUAUAUCUGUAUUUGUUUAGAGAACCUCUUCAUUUACAAUAAAAGUUGUCUUUUAAACCAAAA